AUGUUCACCCGGGGGUCCCGGCGGCGGCGAUCGGAGCGAGCCGCCCAGGACCCCGAGCGGGGGCGGCCGUGCCGGGUGUGCCGGGAGCUCUGCCCGGGCUUCCAGGAGCACCCCUGGAGGAAGCUCUGCCUGCACUGCAAAUGCCCGGGGGAGCACGUGGGGGGCGGGGUCCCCCCGGCCCUGCAGGGGGUCCUGGCCCGGCUGCUCCCCGAGUCCCACCCCCCCCCCGGCUCCGAGGAUUCGGGGUGCUCGGCCGAGGAGUUCGCCUGGGCCCCCCCCGGCCUCAGCCCUGACCAGGUGUGUCAGUAUUUCGCUCUAAGCCCCGCCCCAUUAAGCCCCGCCCCCAGGUCCCCGGGGGAGCGGCACCGGCUGCGGGAGCUGCUCCGGCAGCUGCCCCCGCACGACCUCGAGCCCCAGUUUUGCCACGACCUGGACGAGGCCGAGCGUCGGGAGCUGAAACUUUUCGCCCAACGCCGGAAACGGGAAAAUUUGGGGCAAGGGAGCGUCCGGCCCCUCCCCCUCACCAGCGCGGGGGCCGUCUGCCAGCAGUGCGGGGCCGCGGUGCGCGGCGGGGCCCUGGCCGUGUUCGCGGCGCGGGCGGGGCUCGGGCUGUGCUGGCACCCGCGCUGCUUCCGCUGCCAGCAGUGCCAGCAGCCCCUCGUGGACCUCAUCUACUUCUGCCCCGGCGACAGCGGGCGGCUGCUGUGCGGGCGGCACCACGGGGACAGCGUGCGGCACCGCUGCCCCGGCUGCGACGAGCUGAUUUUCGGGGGGCGCUGGGCCGAGGCCGGGGGGCGCCGCUGGCACCUGCGUCACCUGCGCUGCCUGGAGUGCGAGGGGGCCCUGGACCCCCAGAGCCUGCCCGGGGGGGAGGGGCAGCCCCUGUGCCCCCCCUGCCGCGCCCGCCGCGCCCACCUGUGCGACACCUGCGGGGACCCCAUCGACCUGCAGGACCCCCACGUCACCCACAGGGGGCAGCACUGGCACCCCCUCCCCGGCUGUUUCCGCUGUGCCCCCUGCGGGCGCCCCCUGCUGGGCCGGCCCUUCCUGCCCCGGGGGGGGCAAAUCUUCUGCUCCCCCCGCUGCGCCCCCAGCAACGACAACAACAACAACAGCCCCGGGCCCCGCAGCGCCCCCCGGAGGAGAUCCUGGGGAGGGGCACCCCCGGCAGGGACCUCCUGGUGACCUCCUGCUACUGACCUUUGACCUCUCCUCUGGGGCCUUUGCUGCUGGCCUUUGACCUCUGCCCCCCUCCGGGGCGUGACCUUUGCACUGUGACCCCCGUGGCCGCCUCAGGGACCCCCCCGACCUGUGCCCGGUGACC